CGGAGGUGCUCCUUCUACUGUGGACUUGUUUUUUGGUGUUCCUGAAUUAGAUUGGGUUACAACAGCUAGGACUAUAGAAUUGUAACGGUGCUCGUUUCAAGAUGGCCGAGGUUACAGUAAGGUGAUAAGAAGUCAGUAGAACGAAAGAUACACGUUAUAACAAAAUGGCAAGCGUCAUGAGUUCAUCCAGAAAGAGAUUUAUCGUCGGUGGAAAAUAUAAAUUCAUACGUAAGAUAGGAAGUGGUUCGUUCGGAGAUAUUUAUCUUGGCAUCGACGUCACAAAUGGAGAAGGUGUUGCUAUAAAAUUGGAGUCAAGAAAAGUAAAGUAUCCACGACUACUCUACGAAAGCAAAUUAUAUGAAAUUCUUCAAGGUGGUAUCGGUAUAUCUCAUAUAUUAUGGUAUGGGCAAGAAAGAAAUUAUAAUGCUUUAGUAAUGGAUCUUGUUGGAACAAGUUUAGAAAAUCUUUUUACGUUAUGUUCACGACAUUUUACUAUGAAAACUGUGUUAAUGUUAGCCGAUCAGAUGAUUGAACGAAUUGAAUAUGUUCACAAUAAGAAUUUCAUUCAUCGAGACAUUAAACCAGAUAAUUUUCUUAUUGGAAUUGGAAAACAUCUCAAUAAGCUUUAUCUCAUAGACUUUGGUUUAGCAAGACCAUACAUUCUCAGAGGACAACAUAUACCUUAUCGUGAGGAUAGAAAUUUGACUGGUACUAUCAGUUAUGUUAGCAUUAAUACCCAUUUGGGUAUCGAACAAAGUCGUAGGGACGAUAUGGAGUCGAUAGGAUACGUGUUAAUGUAUUUUAAUCGUGGCAGUCUACCGUGGCAAGGUUUGGAAGUAGCAACCGAAACAGAGAGAUACGAAAAAGUACGUGAAAUAAAAAUGUCGAUACCAGUAGAAGUUCUUUGUAAUGGAUUUCCGGCAGAAUUUGCAACGUAUUUGAAUUACUGUCGAGGUCUCCGCUUUGAUGAAACGCCAGAUUAUACGUACCUGAGGCAAUUAUUUAGCAAUUUAUUUCGCACACUUAAUUAUCAAUACGACUGUGUAUUCGAUUGGAAUAAGCCUAAGUAAAAACAGAAGACCGACCAGUCGGAAGUAUAUUGAUGUUUUUUUGGUGACUCGUACUGAAUGGUUUCCGUUUUAUUUUUAUGUAAAAACAGUUUUGUCAAUGGAGAUGUAACAACAUUAUAAGAGAUUCUGUGACUAGUAAUGAUUUUCAAUUGUUUUUUAUUGUUCCAAUAGCAGAUACAUCGUUAUUUCUACAUCUUAUUUGUACCGUUUAAUGUGUUAAUCGUUUGUACAUAUCUAUUUUAAACUGUAAAUGUUUAAAUUACACUUCCAACAUCUAAUAACUUUUGUAAACUCUUUAAGAAUUACACAGGAAUAUGAAUUUUUCAUUCCAGUAUAUUUUACAGAGGUUAUAGUAUUAAAAAAUACUAUAGCCGCCCGCCCGCUAGAUAUUUGGCCGAUUACGUGAAUAACAAGUAGAUUUAUAACUUAACUUAAACUCUGGACGAGUCCAUUUUCGAAUU